UAUCCUACUGUUGUCGUCGUCGUUGCUGCUGUUGUUUCUUGAUCUUAAUCAUCCCCGUUCACCGUCCGCUUGUGCGCCUGUUCCCGCCGCGCCCGCUCUGUCCGGUUCCGAGGGAAGCCUCUGCGUCUACCAAUCCACUCGUCAUUUCUUCUCUUGGCUUACCGCCAUCCGAAACCCUGCAUCCUGCUUUUUUCUCUUCCGCAGCCUCUUGCAUGCACGUACAUUGUUAUUCCCUGCAACAAUCGCUCUCAUAAACAAUGCCUUCUGCCAACGCUGCUGCCAUGUCCAGCAUUCCCUUGUGGUACCGACUCUUCUUCCUCUACAUCGAGCCUGUUGCUACCGCUGUCGGCGCCUACUAUGCCUGGUUUCAGCAGCAUGAGUACCUCGACCUAACUUACACCUCGGCUUCGGCCGUUUCCCUCGGCCCAUCCGCCCGCGAAAGCAUCGUUCUGAGUCAACUCGCAAAUAUGUACGCUGUAUUUGCACUAAACGAAGCCCUUGUCUUACGCUCUACCACCAACCUGCGCGUUUGGAGCGUCUUCCUCUUCGGCCUCCUGCUUGCCGACUUUGGUCACAUCUACAGCGUCAAGGAUGUAGGAUUCGACAUUUAUUGGAAAUUCUGGGAUUGGAACUCAAUGUACUGGGGUAAUUUGGGUUUCGUCUACGUGGGAGCUGCAACCAGAACCGCUUUCCUCGCUGGUGUCGGCGUUUGAGUUACGUUUGCUCCAACGACCUCUUUCUCCUCGAGUCGACCGAGACCAUAGAGGAUACGUAAGUUAGGGCUCUCGAGAGACUACAACGGUAUGUUUAGCUCUGCGACCUCGAGCUGUGAGAGAGUGACUACUCUAUCCACAAUUCAAAGACCUUCUUCGUUGCACAUUCUGUUCGGCAACAACGUUCAAACCAGCUUGCUGGAUACGGCUCGCGUCUCAGAUGUCUCAGCCAGGCGCCGUAAUCCGUGGCAUCAUACAAUUCUCCGAGACUCAGGGGGUGCCUGGUUCAUGGCUC